AUGGCAAGAGAAUACAAGGAGACGGUUUACAGCAUAUUGGCAUCUCUUUGUCUGGUGGGAGGGCUGUCCUUGGAAAGUUUUGUGUGUAAGACUGCAAAUUGUUCGUUUUUCCUGAGCUCUACUCUGUUUAUUUCAAUGGCUCUAACACUCCUCAGUCUUGCACACAUGGUAAGGACAAAGGCAAAAGUUACUCUUUUCUCUGCAUACAAAGGAUCUAUCAGUGCUUUGAUGGACAUUAUGAUUGUGUUCAUAUACACCAAGAUCUUGUGCACAAACUCCCUGUUCUUCUGUCUAUCCUUUUUAACAUAUCAGAUGACCGUGUCCAUUCUGACCUGCUUCACGUCCUUUUCCAGCUCUGGCUUCAUGGUUUGCAUAUGUGUCAUAUUUCUUUCCCCACUAUUUGACCUGUGGUUUGUGGAGGAACAUGGAUUCUCAAGAUCUCAGAUUCCGGACUUUAUGAAGUACUACAUCACAAACGGAUCUAUGAACAUAAUCUUUUUCAUCCCCAUAGUUGGGAUCAGGGUGAUGUUCGGAGAGUUUUUUGGGAGACUCGAGAAUAGAGAGUCGUCCACACUCUUCAACUCUCUGGGAAUGGUUGCAAUCGGAGCCAUAUUGGGGCUUAUUGAUAGAUCCGCAUUCUUGGAGGAAUUUCGCAAAAUGUAUCAGGUUUCUAUUCCAUUUGUUGUGUCAAACAUCAUGCUUGUAACGUCCUUGGCUAUCUUCAGAUGGAACAAGAACAUCAACUUUACCUCUGUAUAUCCACCUGUAUCGGUGCUGUCCAUUUUAGUAUCUGGACUGUUUUGUUACACCUCAGCACCCUUGUUCUGGAGGAAAACCAUUUUGGAAUGCUCGCUUAAUGCCCCGUAUCUUUUCUAUCUCCUCACGUUUUCUCUUUUCACCUUAUAUAUAAUCGUUGUGUAUAAGAGUAAUAUUGUCUCAAGGCCUGCCAGGGAUGGAUUCAUACCAGGAGUGACCUGGUGGCUUUGGGGAUAG